AUGAGUUCUGCCUACCAUCCAGAGACAGAUGGGCAGACUGAUGUGAUAAAUAGGUGUUUAGAAAGUUAUCUACGUUGCUUUGCCUCUGAUCAGCCUAAAUCAUGGUCUUCAUGGAUUGCAUGGGCUGAAUAUUGGUAUAACACCACAUACCAUGUAUCUAUUGGUAAAACUCCUUUUGAGGUGGUUUAUGGAAGACAAGCUCCUAGCAUUGUGAGGUUCUCAUCCAAUGAAACAAAGGUUGCUGUUGUUGCAUUGGAGUUAAAUGAAAGAGAUGAAGCACUGAAUCAACUCAAGUUACAUCUGCAGAAGGCUCAAGAGCAGAUGCUGUCUUAUGCAAAUAAGAAGAUAAGAGACUUAUGCUUUGACAUAGGUGAAUGGGUCUUCUUAAAGCUAAGGCCACACAGGCAGCAGUCAGUGAUAGUAGCUAAAGUAGGUCCAGUGGCCUACAAACUGCAAUUGCCUGCAUCUUCUAAGAUCCAUCCUGUUUUUCAUGUUUCUCUUUUAAAAAAGGCAGUGGGAGAUUAUCAUCAACAAGGAGACCUUCCUAAGGACUUGGAAAUAGAUGAUGCUAUUGAUGUGUAUCCUGAACAAGUGGUAGGAGCGAGGGUUAUUAUGAAAGAAGGUGUAGCUGUUCAUCAAAGUUUGAUCAAAUGGAAGGGCAAAUCUUUAGAUGAUGUCACAUGGGAGGAUGUUGAGUUCUUGCGUAAUUGUUUAUUCUUUAACAUACUCUCAAGCAUGGGUCAAUUUCCGAAGGCUUUGAAGAUGGUUCUGUUUGUCCACAAAUAUAGUGGUUCUAUGGCUCUUGAUUCUGCAAUUCCAAUUACUCUGAGUUACUAUUUUAUUUCUUCUGCUACUAUGAUCUAUGCUCAACACCUCACAUUGGAGUUUCCAGAACCAGCAAUUGAUCUGUUAUAUCCCGGAAUCGCGUUGUUUCUUGUAGGCAUCAUCGGCAACUUCUACCAUCAUUACCUUUUAUCCAAAUUAAGAGGAAAGGGUGAAAAGGAAUACAAAAUUCCUAAAGGCGGCUUAUUUGAUUAUGCGAACAAAUAA